GAUAAAUAACAUUUUUGCAUGCUUAUUGAUAAUACAGAUUGUGUAGAUGAAAAAAUUAAAAAUUAAGAUACAUAAAUAUAAAUAGAUUUAUAAAAUCAAAAUAUAACUAAAAUUAAUAAUGAUAAGUUUAGAUAAAUAGAAUAAGAGAAUAUAUAUUAACAAAGGGAUCUAAAAUCUUAAAAAUAUAUAUAGUAAUAUUACGCAAUUUAAAAACCAUUAAAUAUCAUAAAUGCUAUUGAAAUAAAAAACUUUUAAGGAUUUUGGUAAAUAGACUAACCUCCAGUAUUAAAAAAUAUAAAUAUUCAUAUCUAAAAGGGUUAUUUUUAUGGUAUUGUAGGUAAAGUUGGAAGUGGGAAAACUUCUUUCCUAUAACUUCUCUUAGAAGAAAUGCCUUACUUUAAAGGAUAAAUAAGAAAAAAAGGUACUGUAGCUUAUGUAGAAUAAGAACCAUAUAUUUUUUCAGGAAAAUUUAUUGAUAAUGUUACAUUUGGUAAAUAGUUUGAUAAAUAAUUGUAUGAUGAUGUUAUUAAUGUUUGCUAAUUAAAAAAUGACAUUAAUUAAUUUAUAAAUAAAGAUUAAACAGAAAUAGGAGAAAGAGGAGUUACUUUAAGUGGAGGGUAAAAAGUAAGACUUUCCUUAGCUAGAGCAUUAUAUAGCUAAAGUGAUAUCUAUCUGCUAGAUGAUCCUUUGAGUGCUGUAGAUUCUAAAGUAGCCAAAAAAAUAUAUGAUAAAUGUAUUAGAUAAUUUUUAAAAGAUAAGACAGUUAUUUUAGCGACUCAUCAAAUUCAAUAUACAUAAUAAUGUGAUGAAAUAUUUGUUUUUGAUAAUGGAGAAAUAACUAAUAAAGGAAAUUUUUUAGAAUUGUAAAAUGUAUUAUUUAAAAUGAUAAGUAAAUUUACUUUUAUUGAUAAUAAAAAAUAUUCAGGUUCUGAGUAUACGAAUAAAAAAAGUAGUAUUGAUAUAAAAAGUUAAAGUAAUAUAAAAAUCUUAAAAAAAAAAAUAGGAAAGUUAUUUACAAAUGAAUUAGAAGAAAAAAUAGCUGUAACAUUUUAAACUUAUAAAAAAUAUUUAAAAAUGGUAUAAAAUAUUCCUUUGAUUAUUUUUACAAUUUUUCUUUUUAUUAUUAGUGAAGGAUUAUAUACUAGUUUCUAUUAUUAUUUUGGAACUUAUUCAAAUUAAGAUGAUAAAGAUUAAUUAUUCUAUGUUUCUGGUACUAUUCUUUUUUUCUUCAUUUUGGUAUCUAAUAUUAAAUGCAUUCUAAUUGCUUAUUGUGUUAAUUUAGCUAAUCAAAACCUACAUAGAAUUAUGGUUGAUAGGAUAAUUAAAGCUUAAACAUAAUAUUUUGAUUAAACUCCUUCAGGGAGAAUCAUAAAUAAAUUUUCAACGGAUAUUGGAAUUUUAGAUAGUAAUUUUAGUUGGAUGCUGUUAGAAAUAUUAGAAAUUAUUCUAUAAUUUUUUAACAUCUUUAUUACUUUAGCUAUAUUUAACCCUUAUAUUUUGAUUUUGAUUCCUAUUAUAAUUUUUACAUUCAAUUAUAUGAUUAAAUUUUCAAAACCUUUGAUUUUGGCAUCUAAAACAUUGGAUAUAAUAAACAGAAGUCCUGUGUUUACAUUUUUUUCUAAAACAAUUUAAGGCAUAAUUCAUAUUAGGAUAUAUGAAAACGUAAAGAUAUUUUUAAAUAAAAUGGAUUAAUUAACCAAUAACUCCACAAGAACAAAUACCCUCUUUUGGAAUGCUUCAAGGGCUAUCUCUUUUAAUUUAUAAGCAAUAUUUUCAUUCAUUAUAUUAGUAGGAUAAAUUAUAAAUAUAUAUACAUUAGAAAAAAAUAAAGAUUUUGGUUAAUUAUUAAUUUAUCUAUCUAUAAUAGUGGAAUUGAUAAUUCAAUUGUCAAGACAUGCUAUUAAUUUUGAUUCUUACAUGAGCAAUUUAGAAAGGGUACUUAUUUUAUGUAAUUUACCUCACGAGGGUGAACUUAAUAAAGAAGAAGAUAAUUUGUUAUAUUAAAAUGUUUAAUAAAAGCAACACAAAUCCAAAAUAUAAUAUUGGAUUUAAAAAGGUGAAAUUGAAUUCUAAAAUGUGUUUAUGAAAUACAGACCGGAAUUGAAUUUUGUAUUAAAAGGAACAUCGUUUUGUAUUAAAUCAGGAUAAAGUGUUGGAUGUGUAGGAAGAACUGGAGCAGGUAAAUCUUCAUUAUUGUAAGCUUUGUUUAGAAUGACUAAUAUAGAGCCAUAAAGUAAAAUUCUUUUAGAUGGAGUAGAUAUUCGUACUAUCGGAUUAAAUACUCUUAGAAGCAGUAUUAGCAUAAUUCCUUAAGCACCAUUUUUAUUUUCAGGAAACGUCCGUAAAAAUAUAGAUCCUUUAAAUUAAUAUUAGGAUACUGAAGUUUGGGAAGCUUUAUAAUUAGCAGAAUUGAAAGAAACAGUUUCAUAACUAAAAGAUGGAUUAAAUACUGAUAUGCCAAAUGCAUAAAGUUUAUUUUCAACAGGUUAAAAAUAACUUAUUUGCUUAGCUAGAGCAAUCCUUAAAAAUAGUAAAAUUCUAGUUUUAGAUGAAGCCACAGCUAAUGUUGAUAUGAAAACCGACGAAAUUAUAUAAAAUGCAAUUAAAAAAUAAUUUAUAGGUUGUGUUAUUUUUAAUAUUGCUCAUAGAAUUAAUACUAUUGCUGAUUAUGAUAAGGUUUUGGUUAUGGAUUAAGGGAAAGUUACAGAGUUUGAGGAACCAUUUUUGCUUUUGGCUAACUCUAUUAAUGAUGAUAAAAUUUCUAAAAACAGUAUAUUUGCAUAAAUGGUUAAAAGCACAGGUGAAGAAAACUCUGAAAUUAUCUUUAAAAUUGCUAAGAAGAAAUUUAUAAGUGACAAUACAAAAGAAUAUAUUUGA